UAAGCGGAUUAUAUGCAUAGAAUAAUGCGAUAGCGUUUAAAAGCAGGAUGGGAAAUAAUGAUGAACAGGAGCGAUUACUUUUGGGGACUGAAUUGAUAAAAAAAAAUGCAUAACUAGGGGAACUUUUUUCUUCUGCUUAGGUUUUACUUAGUGGUUUAGUAUCUAUCUAAUAUUUUUUUGAUAAAACAUACAGAGCGCGAUAUUUAUGCUUAGUGCCGGCGGUGUUUUUGUCGUAGUUUUCGAAGUGGUUGUGUGUGCAGAAGAGCUUCUCUGUUCCGAUUUCCGUGUGAGACUGAGGUGUGCGGUCGUCGGCGGGUCUCUCUCUCUCUCGCUCGCUCGCUCACACACACACACACACACACACACACGUUUUCGAGUCGCUGCUGUUGGCUGUCGCUUCCCCCCCCAGUCCAUGUAUGUGGUUCUACUGUUGAGGUGACGCGUUCUUUGAAGAGCUCAAACAGCGACGCGGCGACAAGUGGCGCUUAGCGCGCGCAUCGCCAGGUGUCCGAUCAGCCGCCGCCGGAGCUGCAGUUUCGCGAUCUAAAAAGUCCAGUUUGUAUGCGUUUUCCUUCUGUACUGUAACAAGGCAGUCAUGAAAGUGGCGUCGUUCAAUGUCCAAAGAUUUGGAGAAAAUAAAGUAUCGGACAAAAAUGUUCUUUCUUCAUUAAUCAAGAUCAUUUCCAGGUACGACAUCAUUGUCAUCCUUGAGGUGGUUGAUGUCAAAGGGAAGGCAAUGAAGAAAUUCCUGGAGGAACUUAAUAAAGUUAAUAAAUCGAGUCCGUACGUUAUGAAGAUGAGCUGCAGACUGGGGCGGACUUCCUACAAGGAGCAAUACAUGUUUCUUUACAGAGAGGAUGUGGUGAAGCUCAUUGAUACCUAUCAGUAUGAGGACAAUCAGGAAGGGGAUGAAGAUGCCUUUGCCAGGGAGCCCUACAUUCUCCGCUUCACCUGUGACAAUAUUGCGCUGGAUGACCUGGUGAUAAUUCCAGUGCACACCAAGCCAGAAGACUCAUUCAAGGAAGUAGACGAACUGUAUGAUGUUACCAUGAAAGUGAGGGACAAGUGGAACACUGAUAAUAUCAUGAUCUUAGGGGACUUCAAUGCAGAUGGUGCAUAUGUCUCCAAAUCAAAGAUGAAGAAAAUCCGAAUACGCACCGACACGAACUUCCACUGGUUGAUAGAGGAUGAUGUGGACACAACAGCAAGCACAGGAAAUGACAACACUUACGACAGAAUUGUGGUUUAUUCUGAUAAAAUGGUGGAAGCCAUAGUGCCAAACUCUGCCAAGCCAUUCAACUUUCAGGAGGAGUUUGGUCUCACCGAAGAGAUGGCCUUGGAGGUGAGUGAUCACUAUCCUGUUGAAGUGGAACUGACAAAGGCUUCCAAAAAGAAGAGAGGACCAGAAGAACCUCCAUCAAAACCAGUGAAGACCAAGAGAAAGCCCAGGAGCUAGUUACACAUGGAGAUGAUGUCCUUCCCAGCUGGUGGCUGAAUACUGCCUUCAGUGCAUCUGUGAGAUGUAUCAUUCUAAGGCUUCUAUCAAAUAUUCAGAUAUUUAAAAAAUGUUUUUUGAUGGAACUGGUCAGUAAAGACAUUUUAAGAUGUAAAUGUUUAUAAUGAAAUGUUUUUCCACAAUAAUUUUAAUUUACUAAACACAUGCCUUAAAUCUUCUCAGGAAAUGGAUAUUAAAAACAUUUUGAUUCAUACUUUCUUUCUCAAUACAUACGGGUUCUUUAAAAGUUUUCUUCCAAUUCCUGAACACCCUGCAUUGUUAUACA